AUGAUAACAGCUGGGGCAUGGGUGGCGGAUACGGCGGCUAUGGUGGCGGCAUUUCCAGUCUCGGUGGAUACGGCGGUUACGGCGGGGAUUCGUACGGUGCCGGAUCUGGCUACGGCAUGGGCGGUGGCGCAUCAUACGGUUCUGGCUAUGGUUCCGGAUACGGAUCUGGCUCAAGUUACGGAUACGGAGGCGCUUCAUUCGGUAUCGGCCAAAGCGCAGCCUUUGUGCCUGUCCCCGCCGCCGGCGGCUCCGGAAGUGGCAUUGGAUCUUUCCUCCCCCUGUUGCUCCUGUUGGUGCUGUUCCCUCUGCUCUCCGGCAACUCCGGCACCCAGGACCAGAUCAUCCUCGUCAACUCUACACUCGAGGGUUAAACUUCCUCUUCUCAUGAUAUCUGUGAUAUUAUUAUCCAGUCCAGCCAGCAUCCAAGAAAUCUCGACCCACGUUGUCAUCACGCCCUACAAUGGCUGGCCAUCUGUUUAUUGUUGUUAA